UGAAAAAAGAGACUUGUACUUUACAUAAACGUAUGCUCUGACAUUUUGACAAUUUCAAUGUGAUGUAUUAACAAGCUGAAAUUUCAUUUUUAACGUUAAUCGAAACAGUUAGUUAAAUUAACUUUAAUAUUAUACGAUAGAUGUCUAUUUAUAAUUGCAAUGAAGCAAUGAAGUAAUUUCGAAUUAUAGUAUUUGCACAUACACACGAUCAACACCUGACGUGAUUCAUUAUUGUAAAUCGUCGGGAAUAAUUUGAAAGUGAUAAAUAUUGAAAUUACGUAUGACUGUUUAGAUAAAAAGAAAAUAUUCUGGCGAUAUUCCAUAGGUCAUUAUCGUUCCUUACCAAAAGAAACGUGAAAAAUUUCAAAUAAGCUUUGUAAUAAUUAUUAAUAACAUGAAAAUUAAAGAGGCUGAAGCACAUUAAUAAAUUUAUGAUAGAUGUAUAACGUUCGUAACCAGCGAAAAUAUGGUGCAACUGUACAAGAAACAUUUUAUAAAAUUUUAAACUCGAUCGUAUUAUAAAAUAUAUCAUGUUACAAUUUGCUUGUUAGCAAUAAUUUUGCACAUAAUUUUUACUCGUAAAUUUCACUUAAACUAAUCACUGAUCCUUCAAGAAAUCGUUAUUUCGAAGUUCAAACAUGUUUUUCAUAGCAGUGAAAAUAUAUAAAUAGCCAAUUAAGUUCAGUGCAGAAAAAACAUGGGUAAAAAUUUAUUUAAUUUUAUGAUUUAUAAUUAUUUUACAUUAAUUUACAUAAAUACAUAUAUGCAGCGAUCGAAUAACACGAGCAGUACAAACAUUUAGAUAAACUCACUUAAUGUUCAUAUAAGGCCUAAAAAAACAGAUAUUGAUGUUGAUAUACAACAUUUUUCUGUUGCUUUGAAUAUAUAAUUCACAUAAGAAGCAUUUAAGCGCAAUCAUAUUUGCUAUUAUAUUUAUGGCACACGUGCAAGAAAAUAAACAGACUACCAACUAUUAACGGAGGACCAUCGCUUUUCCAUUAUCGGAGAAGCAUGCGUGAUUUCAACUGCAUUGAGAUUUAUUGACAUACAGAUAUAAUGUAAUCUUUAUUAUAUAGUUAGUUUAAUUCAUUGUAGGGAUGAGCAAUGUUUAAUAAUUAAAAUUAAAAUAUCCGAUUAUUAUAAUUAAAGGAAAUUUAAUUCAAUCAAUAUAUAAUUACUAUUAUAAUUAAAUUAUCAUUAAGCAUUUAAUUUAAAUAAUAAUUAUAUAAUUCCAAGUUAAAUAAUAAUUAAUUAAUAAAAUUCUCUUUAUCAUAAAAUUACUAUUUGAAUCUAAUAUCAGAUUUAAAAUAAAUUUAAUUAAGAAGAAAAAAUUAUUAAAUCGAUUGAAUUUAUUUAUUUGGAAUGUACUAAAUGUAAAACGUAUAUUUAUUAAUUAUUAUAAUUGUCGAAAUUAACGACGUUUGUUUCUACGAUUGAUUGAACAUUUGCACAAAAUAUUAAUACAAAGUUUUCAAAGUUUAUCUAUACGUCAAUGAAAUCACAUGCAAAUCACGCAAUAUCAAUUUUUGAUUAAUGCGCUUUGAUAAUCAUUGUGGACACACCUGACGGAUUUGAUUGUAGAAUUAACAAUUAAAAUAAUAUAUAAAAAGAUAUCAAGAAGUCAGGUAUAUCAUCGCUUCAUUCGAACAUGCGAAUGCAUUUUUGAUCGUAGUCGAUCAUUUUUGUUCGCAUGCAGACAAUGAUGAGAAGAAAUAAUGCUGGAUGAUAUUAAAUACGACUCGUUUGAGACCAGAAUUGUAUUAUUACGCGAUAUAGUGAAAAUAUUCGUAUAUACAAAUAAUAGAAUUAUAUAAUAUAUUUUAGAAUGAUGCAUUGAUUCAUUACUAAUCACUGACUGCAAGUAUCGCACAAUACUUCUGUAGUUAAAUAGAUAUACGAUCAUUGCUUGAUGUAAGACCAAUAUAUUCCUCCUCUUCGUUUAUGCUGACAAGAACGAAAUAAAGCCUUUAUUAUAAUCAUCAACGAUUAAAGGAAGAGAGAAUAAAAAAAAGAAAUUAUGAGAGAAAAGGAAUAUAGCAAGAGAUAGAAAAAGAUGAAAAUUUAAGAUUAAUUGUAAGUACGUUAUUUUAUGGAUAAAUAAUUGAAAGAAAUAACGUGUCUUAGACUGUCACAAAUUUCUAUGUUAAUGAGAAAUUUGUCAUGUAUGUUAAAAUUAAUUUUCCUUAUUGCAUAAGCGAUCAAGAAUGUAAAGGAAUUCUCAUUAUAUAUUAUCGUUGAAUUCGAUCAUGGAUGAACGGAUGAUUAAAUUAAUGGUUCGGCUGUGUUUCAUUUGUUCGAUCUUUUGUAGAAUAUUGUUUUAUUAUUCUUAAAGAAAUCUGUUUUAAUCAAUCAAAAAUCGUUACUUUUGUUAUCCUCAAAUUUUAUUAAUCAUUAAGAUAAAAUUUUCGUUUCCUUCUUAAAAAUUAUUUUAUUAAUCUCUUUUUUUUUUAAUUUUUUUAUGUUUCAAUUUAAAUUGAUGUUAUAAUAUUUUAUUUCGAUAUUUUAAUUUAAUUUCUAUUUUGACAAAAAACAUUCAAUUAUGUGCCUCUGUUUAAAACUUAAUGCAAAGAAGCAAUGCACACACUGAAGAAUUUGGAAGAUUCAUAUUUCUAAUGCUACAAUGUACAUGAAUAUAUAUAUAAUAUAGGGAAUCAUAUAAGAAAUCAUUAAUACUCAUGAUGAUAAAUUGUUCAUAAUUCUUAAAAUUGAUGCUAUAUUUAAAUAAAUUAUAUAAGAAUUGAAUUUCUUAUGAUAAGUUGAAAAAUAUCAUAAAAAAAUAUAUAUAUAUAUUCUUUUUUUUAAUAUCUUAAUAUCAAUCUUAUAAAAAAAAAAUAAAAAAAUAGAAACUCACACAAUUAAAAACAUAAUAAAAUAUAUCUAUCUUACAAGAUUCCUUUCAAGUUUUUAAUUUUUAAUGUUUGUCAUUUUAAUUGAUUUUCUUUUUAUUUUGUUUUUAUGUAUUAAAAAUGAUAAAAAAGAAUAUAAGAAUAAUAAGAAAUUGACAAUAUGUACUUAUGUAUAAAUACAUUUAUGUAACACCACAAAACAUGAUAGAUAUGUGAUUUUUGAAAUCACUUAGUUAAUAUAUUAAAAGUUAACCUGACUUGUUGAAGUGAAGAUUGGUUGAAACAAAAAUAUUUUAUUUUUCACAUCAAAUAAAUUCAUGGAUUUAGAAAAUCAUAAUAAUCUAUUAUCAAAAGAAAUUAUCAGGUAAAAAUUAACCUAUAUAUACAAUAUGUAAAUGCAAAAUUAAUAAAUUAAUUAUCUUCUUGCAAAUCUUAAAUUCAAUACAAUUUGUAAUAUAAUGUUGCAAUUUUACAUUGAUAAUAAUAUUAUAAUAUUAUUGUAUUGAGCACGUACAUAUUUUUAAUGCCACUUGCAUCUAUUUAGCAAAAUUGCAUAUUGAUGAAAUGCAUUAUUGAAGAUGUUAGAUUGUUAAAUAUAAAAUGAUCUUUUAUAUGUACGAUUAUUAAGAAUUUAUUUAAAUAUUGAUAAUAUUUAUCAAUAUUGAUAAUAUUCGUUGAAUCGUACGAUAUAAAAUCACAAUGAUAACAUUUCACUUAUAUGAACUUUUAUGUUUGAUUCUUUUUAAUUGUAUAAAUAUUUCGUUUAUAUUACAAGUAUUUAAUAAACCACAUAAAUUUUAUUUAUAUAUUUUUUAAUCAAUUGAUUUAAUUAAUUUUAUAGUAAGAUAUUUAGUCAAUUAUUUACAAUUCUCACGAUACGAUAGUGAUAAUAACACAAUAUUUAUUUGAAUCUUAUCAAACUCAAGGUAAAAUAAACUACGACGUACAUAUAUAGUUAUAGGAUUCAUAUAAUGAUUUUUUUUACGUAAUAUAUUAAAAAAUAUAAUAAAAUAAUAAAUAUAUUUUAAUUACAAAAUUAACAGCUUUUUUUAUCACGGCACAUACAUAUCAUAUAUUAAUAAUAUAAGAAUAUUCCACACAUUCUGUUUGAACAAUUUGAUCGAUAGUUAUAAAUAUACAUUUUGAGUUUAUAAUAUCUGUUUAAUUUGAUGUUUAAUUCAGCUAUAAAUAAAAUAUAUACUUUUUAUUAAUAAUAAUAAAUUUUCUCGAUUAUCAUUAUCAAAUAUUAUAUUUAAUAUUUUGUUAUAGUAUUAAUUAUUAAAAAAUUUAAUUGAAAUCAGAUUUUUAUAUGAUAUAUCAAAUAAUAUUACUAUAAAAUAUUUUAUAAAUUGACCUCAUUAAGAAUCGCUCAAAACGUUAGGUAUACAGAAAACUUUGUAUGCUCUGCGCAUAUUCAAUACGUGAGAGUCUUUAUUAUAGGAGGUACUCGAUAAGUAUGAAUCAACUGCUUGAAAUUAAACAAUAAGUCAUAACUAGAAGAACGUUUUUCUUAAAAUAUAUAUAAAUGUUUGAUACUAACUGUGAUAACUAUCGAUACAAGGUUGUGAUAUUCAUGUGUUAAAAAGUUAUUGUUAAUAUAAAAAUAUGGAGGCAAUUGUAGAAUAUAAUUAUGAAGCACAAGAACCUGAUGAAUUAACUUUGAAAAAGGGAGAUAUUAUUACAGAAAUUAAAGUGAUGUUAGGUGGUUGGUGGGAAGGCACUUUAAGAGAUAAACGUGGCAUGUUUCCUGAUAACUUUGUCAAAGUAUUAGAACCUAUUUCAAGUGGAACAGUUGGAAGUACAGGAAGUGGAGUAAGUGAAGGAGCUGCUAAUGCCAAAUCUGAAGAUAUUUCCUUAAAAAAUGGAGGAUCUCGAAGACGAUUUUGUAAAGUUCUUUUUAGUUAUGAACCUUGUAAUAAAGAUGAAUUAACUUUAGUACCACAAGAUUCUAUAGAAUUUUUGGGUGAAAUAGAAGAGGGAUGGUGGAGAGGUAGGCUUAAAGGUAGAGUGGGUGUCUUUCCUUCAAAUUUUGUAUCUCCUCCAGUUUAUGAAGAAUCUGACAAACACAAAGAUCAAGAGAGUAGAAAAUUGUGCAAAGUACUUUUUCCUUAUGAAGCUGUUAAUGUAGAUGAAUUAACAUUAAAUGAAGGAGAUAUAAUAACUCUUCUGUCUACAAAUGCCUCUGAUAAGGGUUGGUGGGUAGGAGAAUUAAAUGGUCAAGUAGGUUUAUUUCCUGAUAAUUUUGUUGAAGUAUUAAAUGUUCUACCUGAUCACCAAGAUCAUGAACAAAAACUUAAAGCUCCUAUUAAGUCUGUUUCAAAACAUUCUCAUCAGGUAAAGAAGAAUGGAAAAACACACAUUAAAAAAACUUUGGAUGUAAAAGAUGUACCUACAGGCGUAUCUUCUACAACAUCAACUUCUUCAGGAAUUGGAGGAAGUAGUGGAGAAAGGAAAAAUAUAGGUGGAUAUUCAGCUACAUCGAAUUUAAAACGUCUCGUAGGUGAUGCAGGAACUAAUAAUGGUAAUGGAAAUACAAAUAUAGCUUUGGGUGAAGAGUUAGAUGGGGUAGAACGAGGAGAAGGAGCACCGCUUUCGCAUUUAACAGCUUCUAGAGCUAAAGCACCCCACCGACGACCACCUUCUUCACAACGUUUAAGACGUCACGCUGCCGGACCAACAAUUACUACAACACCUGAAGAUAGUUUAGCAAAUGGUAAUGCAGAUACUAUGUUAGAACAAUUACGAGAAGAAGAACCUGAAGGAUUAGCUGUAAAAGCAAGAAGAAGAGCUCCUUGGGUAGAAGAAUUAAAAUUAAAUCAAUUGGAAAGGAGAAAAAUUGUAUCAGUAGAUCGUGUUGAUAAAUCUGAAGAAAAAAAAGAACGUCCUUGUUCACGAGUAUUAACGACAACGAAUGUCGCCGAUUGUAUUAAUAAAUUAGAAGCAGAAAGCGAAGAAAGUAAACAGAAGGAUAAAAGUCAAAAUCAAAAAUCUGAUUCAUUUCCACAUCUUGAACAAAUUUCAACUACUCCUGGAACGCCUCCUACUUAUGUUCCAUUUGCACUUUAUAAUCAAUUAUUAGAAAGGGUUGUUGCCUUAGAAGAGAAACAAGCAAUGUUACAACAAACAAUGGGCCAAAUUUUGGAACAAUUUGUACCUGUUGCAUCUUCGUCAAUCAACAGCCCAGAUUAAUCAACUCAUAAAUUCUGCAGUAUGUUUUUUCCAUAUAAAAUGCUGCUAUUUUAAUUUCAUUUUCCAUACAAACAAUAUGGAAGAAUAGUUUAUAAUUACUGUAUAAUUUUUAUAUUUAUUCGUUUAGUAGCGGCAUUUUUAAUUUGUUUCGCUAUUGUAGUAACAGUAUUUAUUUGACUAAACAAAAUAUUCCAUAUAUCAUUCCUGACUUAAAAAAAAUUUUUUUUUUUUUUUUUUACGAUAAUUUACUUUAUUGUAUUGUAAGUACUUUAUUUAGUACUUUCAUUUUAUUUUUAGUAGCAUUUAAAUGUUUUUAAGAUAUAUGUAAUAUACAUUUUUCAAAUUGUCCUAUAAUUAUAAAAAAUUAUUAGUUCAUUACUUAAUUAAGGUAAACUUACAACAUAUUUUAGUAAUGAAUACCUGAUAUAAACAUAUAUAGAGAUUUAUUUUAAAGCAUUUCCAUGUUUUAAAAAUUAAUAUAUCGUUCUGAUAUACAUAUUUCCUUAAAUUACAUCUCGUAACUAUAGAAGUAUAUUUGUACUUAAAUUGCUAAAUUACACAAACAAAUAGAGACUAUGCAUUUUAUAUUUUUAUUGAAAAGCUGCCUCGCAUUACAACAUAAUAAUAACUAUUCUUAAGUUCAUCGAAUAACUUAAGUGCCAAUGUAUUUAAUUUUUCUUUGCAUAAUUUUAUAAUUCUGUUAUAAAAACGUUAACAGUAUUGAGUUUCAAGAAAUAAUACAUUAAAAAAGUAUUGAAUGUACCUAUUUCAAAUGAAAUAAGUUUAAUAUAAUAGCUUGGAAUGGUGCUACAUAAUAAAUAUUUGUGAUACUUUACAUCACGUAUUAUAAUAUGACUAAAUGAGGCAGCAAACUAUGAAUAAUAAUUUUUAUCCUAAAUAAAAAAGUGAAAAAAUACAUUAAAGCUCACUUUAAAAAAUUACAUAUUAAUAACUUUGUUCCAUAUAAUCACGAAACUGUUGAAUAUUUCAAAUCUUUUUAUUUUUUUAAAUAAACAAAAUUUAACAAAAGUAUAGGAUGAUAUUAUUAAAGAUAUAUGAAAUAAAUACAAACAAAACAAUAUUUAAUUUUUUACAUCAGUAUUUGAUGAAAUAUAUUUAACCUUUCAUCUAAAAAAGAAAAAAAUAGCAAGCCAAUUAUAAUCACAUUAUUUCAAAUCAUAUGUUAGCUAUGUGCGAAUAUGUAAAUAUCUAAUAAUAUAAAUGAAUUAAAGAAAAUAAUAAAUUCCUAUAGUAAUUUGCAAUUUAGCUGCUAUAUAUAUCAGCUUAAAAAUUCUAGUCUGAUACAAACAGAUUGCAGUGAUUAUAGGAUUGAAGUGCCAGGGCCAAUGAAACUAAUACUGUCACUAUGAAUGUCAUUGUUAAUAAGUAUAUCUUUCAAAAAGUAAUGAUUUCAUUUUUUUUCUCAAUUCAUUUCAAAUAAUUUUUUUCUUUUAUUAAAAAGCUUUUAAUAAAAGAACUUUCAAUACAAACUUUUUCUAAGUAAAUAUAUUUAAUGUUUAUAAAAUCUUAAACAUUAUGCAUUCAAAUUAUUAUAUUAUUAUUAUUACUUAAAGAUAUUAUGUAUUUACAUAAUUUUAGUUUACAAUUCAAUUAAAAAUUAUAUCAUUACAUUUUGAAUGAUAUUUAAUGUAAUAUAUAAAGUAGAAUAUUAAUAUUGUAUAAAAUUUUUACACAUUUCAGCUGAAUGUAGCUUAUUUAAAUGAAAUAUAAUUAUAAUUGAAUGGAGUGAAAUAAUUAUAAAAUAUAAAAUAUUUUCUUUUUACAAAUAAGAAAAAAGAUAUUGGAAGUUGUUAAAUUUUGGUAACUAUAUUUGUUUGUUUAUUUUGUCAUCAAAUUUAUUUAUCAUAAUUAUUAUUAUUACUAUUAUUAUUAUUAUUAUUAUUAUUAUUAUUAAUGUUAUUAUUAUUAUUAUUAUAGUCAAAUGUCAUUUAAUUGAUACUAUUUAAUUGCAUUUAUAUUUGUUCAUAGAAUUAAUAUAAUACAUUCAAUUACUAAAAAAAUCUAAUUAUACCACAAGUACAAGAUCCUUAAAAAGUUCAUAUGUAAAUCAAAUAUUGCAAUAUAUCUAUAUUCAUAUAUAGUAUUACAAUUAUCAGUAUGCUACAUGUUAUUAAAGAAUCAUGCUUAAAAUAGAUCUUAUUUGAAAGUAUCUUUUAUGUAGCAUCCGUCCCCAAACUUAAAAUGAAAGCACAAAUUUGUUGCAUAAUAGAUUUCAAAAUCUUCUUUUGAUGUAUACACUUCUUUAAUAAACACAUUGAUAUUACAUUUUUACAUUAAUCAUGUUUAAAAUUUCUUAUAGAUUUCUUUUUGCAAUAUCUAUACUUGUACAUAUAAAGAUAAUGUAUAUGUUUAUAUGUUAGAAGAAAUUAUGUUAAAUAUUUCUGACUUUUUAUUAUGUUGAAUAAAUGCAGCAAAUGCAUACAAUGCAAAAUAAAUAAUAUUAAAUUGAUAGUUUGGUCAAAUUUAAUCUCAAUAAUUGUAUAAGUUAUAAAUAAUUGUUAAAGAAGUAUCUUUUUAUUCAUUAGUUUUUACUUCUUACUUCAUAUUUUUUCUCCUUCUUUAUAUUUUUAUAAACAAAAAAUAUUUGCAUUAUAAUUUUAUGCACACUCAAUUUAAUCUAAUAACAAUUUAGCAUAUUGACCGCACUUAAAAAAGGUCCAAUAAUUGAUAUCACUUCAUACAAAAGAAUAUCAAUAAUAAAUCCUUUUAUACUUUUAUAUAUUAUACAUUAAUGCUGAAGCAUUAAUAUAAGAUUUUUAUGUAAUAUGUUUACAUUUUAUGAAUCAACAUUUCUAUUUGCAAAUUUAAAUUCCAUACAUGUUUGCAAGUUAACAAUAUGUGACAAUAAUAGUCCUAAGUAAAAGCAAAAAUUUUCUCAAUUUCAUAUAUAAUAUUAAUUAUAGUUUACUAUUUUUACACAGCAAUUUUCUUCAAAUUUAUAACGAAAUUAAAAUUUAAAAUAUAGAUAGAUCAAAUGUAAUGUUCUAAUUACUUGAAUAUCAUAAUUUUAAUAAAAUACUUUGUCUUCCUUUAGAACAUUAAACUAUUUACUAUUUAAUUAUUAUUAGUUGAAAAAACAACGACAUUGUGAAUAAAGUAUGGUAUUAACAUUUUUAUAUAAGUGAAAUUAUAUAAAUUUUUCUCAUAUAUUUGCAUUUCAACUAAUUAUUUAUUCUGUUUUAAAAAAAUAUUUCCAUUUAUAUUUAAAAUAUUUAAUUACGUAAAUAAUCUUUGAUAUAGAUUGUAAAUAUAUUUAUAUCAACGAUUAAAAAUACAUCAUUUAUAAAAUGCAAGUCAAAUGUCUCAAAUUAAUCAUGUGUACAUUAUACAAUUAUUUUUAAUAUUAAAAAGAAUUAAUUUUUUAUUUGAAAAAUAUAAAUGGAGGAAAUUUAAAAUUAUUAUAAAAAUAUAAUAAUUUUGUAUAUAAAAUUAUAUUGCAUGUUAUUUUAUUUUUAAAAUUUAAAUUAAUAAUUUGAAAAUAAUUGGUUUGUAUAUAUGAAAAUAAGUAAACGAAAAUUAUUUCAUUUUCAUUGCUUAGUGCAUAUAAAAUUUUGAAUGAAAAAAAUUUUUGAAGAAAUUUUAAUAAUAAUUUUAAUAAUAAUAUAAUAUUUCAAAUUUUUAUUUAUGGAAAAUUUUGAUAUUUAACAAAAUAAUUUACUAUUUAUUUCAAAUGUAUAUUAUUUGCAUAAAAUCUUAAAAAUUAAUUUUUUGCUUAUAUUAAAUGUUAUUAAGCAAUGAAAUAUUAAUAUAAUCAAAUUGUUAUUAUAUUAUUACUAAAUUACUACUAAAAUACUAAAUAAAAUAUUGAUACAGCUUAGUAGCUGGUUUUAUGUAUUAAGCAAUCAAUUUAAAAAACAUAUGAUAGAUGAUAAAUAAAUAAUGGAAAGGAGCACAAUUUUUAAAAAUAUAGUUAUAGAAUUGUAUAUAAUCAAAGAGUGAAAAUUGUAUUUUUUCUUUUUUAUGGACUAUAAAUUCAAAUUAAUUCAAAUGUAAAUAAUUUUUUGGAUAAAUUUUUUUCUGUUAACAAUAAAAAAGAUACUUGUAACCAUAUUAAACUUCUGUAUAUAAUUAA